CAGAUGGCAUCACCCUGAACCGCUUCGGCGGCCUACUGCACGCACAGCGCGACCAGCAGGGACGCCGUCCGGUGACAGUUGGCUUCUCGGGCGACGUCGUCCAGGAUUGGUCCUCGCUGGCGUUUCAGCCGGAGUUUACCACAGCAGCAUCCAACGUUGCGUUCCCCUACUGGAGUCACGACAUCGGCUAUGCAAAGAAAAAUACUGUGCAAGUGAAAGUGUACUUGCAAAUAAAACGGAGAAAAACAGACACAGUUACGCUUGCCAUGCCAGACAGCCACGAAGUCCUCCCCCUCUGGUAUGCGCUUUGUCGUACUGGCCGCUGCGCAUGAUGCAUGGGUUUAUUUCUUUGUGAUGCAAAAGAACGAAUUUAUGAUGCUACUCCUCCUCCUACAAGGUAAUACGCUUUAUGCACACUUUUCUUCUUGGAUAUCGGCGGGUUUCUGCUGCCCGUCGACAACGAAUUGCUCACCCGGUGGAUCCAGUUUGGGGCCUUGUCCCCGGUGCUGCGGC